AUGGAGGAUCUCAUUCAGAGCCUGCAAAGCUGGCUCCGGGUGGUAUCCAAGGGCGAGGUGGAGCAUCUAUCCGAUCUCUGCGAUGGCCGCAACCUCCUGUCUUGGUCCACGGCCAUAGUGGGCGCCGAGCCUGUGACUGCAGAAGGCGAAACGGCUUUUGGCGUAGUUAUCGAGCAGCUCAGUGAUUUUUUGCAGCUCCAAAAUCUCGUGGAUCACGUCAGCGUCUCUGCUGCCGUUCAAGGCAAUGAAUUUGAGCUCUGCAAGAUUCUCAUUGUCCUGGUCUGCGCUGCAACCGACCCGUUUGCUAUGACCGAUGACUUUGCCAUGGCAACGGCUGAACUGGAGGACCACGAGUGUAAUUGCAUCGACAACUUUCGCUCUCAGCUGGAGUCGUCGCUCCGGCCACCCCAGCAGGGUGAGACUGCACACAACGACGUUGAGCCCUGCGAGGCUGACAAAGCCGAGCUGCCUAUGCCUGCGUCACCAGAAGCAGCCACACAUUCCGAGCUCAAAACGGAAGACGCCCAUGCCACCGAGUCAAUUGCCUUCUGCCUGGACUCGAGCGUCAUUGGCACCAGCGACGGGCGUUUGGGCCUCGACGCCACGCCGCACUCUCUGCAGCGCAAACUGGCCGCCAUCUCUCCAGGCUCUGAUCGCUCGACGGUUCCUCGCGGCUUUCAUACCCCACUGCGAGAGUCCCUUGCCCUGCGAAACAUCCGCAAGAAUCUUGCCGAUGGCCAAGCUUUCUCCCCCGACAACAGGCGUCAAUCGAUGUAUGCCGAGUCCAACAGCAUCAAGCUGCUACAAAAUCAGCUCGAGCACGCAUAUGCGGAGCACGAUGGCAUGUGCUCAGAACUGGCUAACCGCAACGUGGAGAUCCAGCAGCUACGCGAACAGCUCAAAGACAAGCAAGAGCUUGAAGAACAAGUCAUGCUACUGCAGGAUCAGCUCGACACGUUGCGAACCCAGUCCUCUCGGGAUGAACGCUUGCGCACUGAGUUACAAACCCUGCGCGAUCGCACCACCGACCUGCAGGAUGCCAACUCGGCCUUGCUUCAAGAACGGGAUUCUUUGCGAAACCACGUUGACAAGCUGCAGUCGGUCGAGAACAGCUGCCGCGACUGGGAGAAUCGCCACAAGGAACAACGUGCCAAGGUCACCCAGCUGCAGGUGGACAAGGCCGAGCUGCAUGCUCAGCUUGAGGCCAAGCGUCAUCAACUAGAGGCAGCGGCCAAUCGACAGCAACAAGACAGCGCCACGGUUGAAAAGCUUCGUGGUGAAAUUUCUGCCCUCAAGGGAGAACUGCAAGCCAGCAAGUUUGUUCAACACGAGCAGCCCAACUGGAGCGAGCGCCAACAACUCGAAGGCCAGCUCGAGGCCCUUCAGAAAGCCAAUGCCAGUUUGCAGGCUGAUCUUGAGGCAGCCUCAGUCCGCCCAAGUCAAAUGGCUCAGGUUGAGGAGGAACUGCUCGAUGCUGUUAGCCUCAAUCGUGCCCUUGAAGAGAGCGUCGCCGCCCGUGAGACCAAGAUUGCAGAGAUGGAGGUGACAAUGGAUGAACUUCGCAACCAGCUGAGCAUUGCACAAGAUUGUCUCCAGGAUGAGCAGCAGCGACAUGAACUCACACAGCUCAAGCUCACCGAGACGCAAACCGAUCUCCAGGCAGCUCAGCGAGCGACGACUCGUGAAAAGCAGGCACGAGACGCCUUUGAGCAUGAGCUCCUGCUCAAGAACCGAGCCAUCAAGGAUUUGACAGAUGACCUACAGCAGGCUCACGCCCAGCGACAAAAACUGCGCACUCAGCUCGAACAGGCAACUGCCAAUGCUGAUCGUGUGGCAGAUGUCCGCGCUCUGCAACAACGACUUGAGGAUGCCCACGCUACUCACCGUGCACAAAUGGAGAAAAAGGAGCGUGAAAUCAAGGCCCUUCACAACAGUCUCUUGCAGUUCCAGAUCCAGUUGAAGCGUAUCCAGGAAAGCCGCAACGCCUCGCGAGCAGCUUCCCCAAAGGCUGCACCCGUGUCAGCCCAACAGCAGUCCUCUCCACUUCACCGCAGCGAAUCGCCGGCACCCGUCAGCACCGUUGAUAGCAAGGCUCGCGCGAGCGUGGCAAACACCACUUCUGCUGUGGGACAGGCAUUCGCCACGUGUGCCAGCCCCGCACUGGCCUCGCCCCGUGUUUUGCCCCCAAACCCCACUGCUAGCCGCAAGACGUGGGGAGCCUCGAAGCCCACGACACAAGUAGCACCCGAUACGGCGGGGCGUGAUCAUUAUCGACGCACGGAUGCCGAGCGUCUGCAGGAGCUUGAAACUCGCAAUCUCAAGCAGAAACCUCACCUGCGCUCUUCUCACUUUUUGGAGACAACUCAAUUCUUUUCUCCUGACAAGCGUUGUCGCUCACUGAAGAACGCUGUGGCUGCGGAAGAGGCCUUUAGCGCAAGCCAGCGCGGACUCCCAAAGCCCCUCGCCCUGAACAUGACUCUCGAUGCAGCGCCCUUGAUUUCCGAGCCGGCUACCCAGCCCGAAGCUCCCAUGACUUCCGUGCCUGUGCCCAAGGCCGAGGCAUUUGAAAUCAAGUUUGAUGAUGAUAGCGAGGCCAAGACCAAGCCAAAGCCAAAGAUUGGUACGAGCGGGGAUGCGCCCGAGGUAGUGGCACGCUGUGCAGCGGCGUUGGAUGUCGUCAGCGAGGCGGUGCAGGGGAGUGGAUUCGAGGUGCAGACCCGUCGUAUUGCAUUUGGUGACCCCCAGGCUUGGCUCGACUGGUCAGAUGAGGGUCGGCUGCUGGCUCAGCUGGGGGUCCUCGAUCGUGCCUUGGUGGCCCACGACAUCCAGUUUUGCAGCCUAGGAUGCCUCAUGCACGCAUCCGCACAGAUGGUGCAACUUGUGCCGGCCGUGCUGGGUUUUUCACCUCGCUUCAAUCUCAGCUUGGAUUUACCGCCAACGGAUCACGCGCUGGCCACAGCCGUCGCACACGUCGUCAUGGAGUUGGCGCAGCACGACGUGAUGAGCAACUUUCGAUUUUGCACAACCGCUUGCUGUGAUGUGGGAUUGCCCUUUUUCCCAGGAGCCUCAGCACCCACCAACGUGGCGCUUGGAUAUGUGACGAUUGCCCUCGGGCUGGAAAACGGAGAUCUCUUGCAAACGACCCUGCGUAGCGCUCAAAAGCUGUCUGGAAUUAGCAAAGCCAUGCGCGAAGUGUUUUUGCCACCACUCAAGCAACUUGAGGCAGCAGCUCAAGCCGCGGCCUCAAGGGCUGGAGUCCAGUAUGCGGGCAUUGACACCAGUCUCAAUCCGUCACUGGACCCUGGCCUCUCUGGCAGUGUGGCAGCGGCUUUUGAGAAUUUGAUCGAAGUGCCCCGUUUUGGCGGGGCCGGCACCUUGGCUGCUGUGGCCGAGGUGACUCGUUCCGUGCAGGCCUUACCCGUGCAGCAGACGGGAUACCGCGGGCUUAUGCUUCCAUUGUGCGAGGAUCGCCAGCUGGCGCAACUGGCCACGGCUGGUCAGCUCUGCGUCCAGCAGCUGCUCAUGUUCAGUGCGGUCUGUGGGGUGGGUAUUGACACAGUGCCCAUCCCAAGUGACACAUCCAUAACAGAGUUGGCCAGUCUCUACCUUGAUGUCAGUGCUCUGGCACAUCGCUGGACCAAGCCGCUGAGCUGUCGCGUGUUCCCGGUGCCUGGCUCGACGGCGGGUCAAAUGACUACCUUUGAUAGCCCCUACCUAGUCAAUGCCUCGAUCCUAGCUUUGUCCUAG